UUCGUGAUUGUUUUGCUCGAUAACGCUUGAGAAAAUAUCAAGUCGAAAUAUCAAGUCGUGAAUAAAAGUCGAAAUCUUUACGUCUACCCUGAGGAAGAAACACUUGAAAUUUAUUAAUGGGAAUAUAAGGUUUAUUCACAGAAAUAAACUUUAUUUCGCAAAAACAAAUUUUAUCUUACGGAAAUGAAUUUUGUAUUCCUCAAAUAAAUUUUCACGUAUUUUCUCUCGAUAUGAUUGCAAGAAAUACAAUGCAAAAAAUUUCAAAUUAUAGUCACGUUUUUAUGACGUUGUUUGUUUCUAAUUUGAAUUAUUUCGAAUUCAUUUUAUUAGUUUUAAACACUCCGUAAUAUUUAAGGCCGAUUUUUCAAUAGCAGUUUAAACUUGGAUUCAAGCUUAAACUCUAUUCUAACAAUGCAUUUGUUUUGUUUAAACCGAGUUUAAGUUGAAAUCUAAGUUUAAACUAUCAUUGAAAAACCGACCCUUAAAGAUUGAUAAAUGUAUUAUUUGCAUGAUCGUGUGAUAAAUGUAUUAUUCGUACUUCUGUUUCGUACGAGAAAUGAUAUUUCUUUUCGAUAUGAGAAUUUAUAUGUUGCGUAAUAAAGAAUCCUUAUCUCAGAAGAACUGUCGUGAAUGUGCGCGCAGCUGUAUUCAAUUUGUUUGAUCGAUCAAUCGCGUACGGCAAGUGCACUUCCUCCGAUGAGACUUUUCAAAGCGUAUAGACCUUGAUUAACACGUUCAUCGAAAAUUGCAGUUAGUAAGAGAUACUUGGAUUAGAAAAAUAUGGACACUGAUCAAAAUGAAUCGAAAAAUUUGGUUCAAAGAGCUGUUAUUACGACAGAUCCGCAGCAAGCAAUUACGGAGUAUUUCGUAUCCAAACAAGAGGAACAUAAAAUCAAAAUAUACCCAGAUUGGGAUAAAAUGAGAGAAUGUCCGGCGACCGAGGUGAUCAGGGCUCGCCGAGAACUGGCUCAGAUCGACCAAGUAUUAAAAAAUAAAUGGGCAGAACAGGAGACAAAGCGUAAAGAUAUGGAUAAGCAAUGGGAGGAGGCGAGAAAUCAGGCAUUACUGUUACGGCAGUCCUUCGUCAACUUUGAUCAACUCGUGCGAGAGAACGUCGAGAAGCGCGAACGAGCGGAACAAAAGAUCAAGGAGGAACAUGAGCGUCAGGAGAAAUUCAAACGAGAAGCCGAUGAACUCGAACAGAAAUUGCAUUACAUGAGAGAGGUGCUAGAUAAGAUGAAACGGUACACGGACAUAUACAAAAAGUAUCAAAAUUACUUGGAGCGUGUGGUAAACGAAACGGACGAGUUCCAGUCGAUCAAUGAUAUCUUUAAUCGUUACGAAACUUUAGUCGAGGCCAGACAAGCAUUGUCUGAUCACCAGGACAGAAAUCUUCAGAUGCUGGAAGACAAAGGCACAGAAAUAUAUCACUUGACGGAAGUCAAAUCCCAAAUGUUGAUGGAACUCGAUAACAAAUUGGCGCAAUUGCAAACACGAUAUAAUCGUGCGAAAUCGCAGGCACUCAGGUGGGAAUCGAUCGUCUCGAAAAUAAAAGAAAUUGCCGCUGCCAAGAACUUAGAGUUUACGCAAGUGAAAGCGUGCUGCUGGAACAUCUAUCAACAGAUUUGUAAGAGAAAAGAGAUACCCAUCAAGGUGAGCAGCGAGGACGUCGAGCAGCAGCUGAUUCAAAUCAAACGAACCAUCCUCGAAUUGAGGCGUAUCAUCAAGGUCGCCAAGAGAAAAGCGCGCGAAGAGGGAGAUACGUCGUAAGAGUAUUCGUUCAUUGUUAUUCUCCGUCAUAACUGACAAACGACGACGAAGUGGCCGCAAGUGAAGAACAGAUUGUUUUUUUAUAAUGAAAAAAAGAAAUUUCUAAAAAAGAAGAAAAAAAUAUACAAUUACUUUCGAAAUCUAUUAACUGUAAACUUGAA